AAGAGUUCCCGAUUAUCUUAUUGCGGAACUCUCGUGUUGGUGGGGGCUCGGCCAUACGGUAUAUGUCACCCAGGUAGUGUGUUCGGGGGUCGUAUACUAGUAGUAGAGAUAUCUGGUUGUCAAUCGUGCCAAAAAGAACUGUCUUUAAGCAAAUAAGUUGAAUAAUGGACGAGGCAAGUCGCGAAGAGUCACCGAUAGUGAAGCUUAACGAGAAUGGGAGAAAGCGCUGAGGGCGACUUGCGCGACUUGCAAAUAAGCGAUAUCAAUGGACGCGGCCAUGUUUUCUGGUAGCAGAAACUUUUCACAUUAAUAAUUCGGAUAUACCGUGCAACUCGGAAAAGGAGCGUGCAGAAUGCCGAGAUGCGACGUGAAGACAAGGUAUCUGCCAGCUACGUUCGCGUGGACCCUUCUCCUCAGCACUACAACCCUCUUCUUCUAUUUCCCAUGCCAGUAUUAUGUAUUCCAUUAUCCAUGGGUACCUGCAAUUCAAGGGGUUAUCACCUUCUUUGUACUGGCAAACUUUACUCUGGCCACUUUUAUGGAUCCAGGUGUCAUUCCAAAAGCACCUCCAGACGAAGAUCGGGAGGAUGAUUUUCGAGCACCCUUGUACAAGAACGUUGAAAUCAAUGGGAUCACUGUGCGCAUGAAAUGGUGUGUCACUUGCAAAUUCUACAGACCACCUAGAUGCUCGCAUUGCAGUGUGUGCAAUCAUUGUAUCGAGACGUUUGAUCAUCACUGCCCAUGGGUGAACAACUGCAUUGGAAGAAGAAACUACAGAUUCUUCUUCUUCUUUCUGCUCUCUCUCAGCUGUCACAUGCUCAGCAUAUUUGGACUUUGCCUUUAUUUUGUGCUCGAACACAAGCAAAAACUGAGUGAAGUUGACACCAUUGUCGCAAUGGUUCUCAUGGGAGUGGUGUCGCUUCUGUUCAUUCCAAUAGUCGGACUAACAGCGUUUCACAUAAUACUUGUUUCUCGUGGUCGAACGACUAACGAACAGGUCACGGGCAAAUUCAAGGGAGGCUACAAUCCAUUCUCUCGUGGUUGCGUUCAAAAUUGCUGCUAUACACAAUUUGGACCACAAUAUCCAAGUUUAAUUAAGCCUGAAAAAUAUUUAUCGAAACGACGAGGAGCUUGCACUUCUGAGAUAUCCACCAUAGACAGCGAGAACCAGGUAAAAACCUACAUGGAUAGCAGCAAUGGUGUUAGAAAUGCCAGUUCAAAUGCUUACAAUAAGUUAUCUCCUGGCCGAGACGGAUCAGACACGGAUAUGGAGCCCACGGCGUCUCAGUCAGCGGAUUGCGAGCCAACGCCGCCAUUACAAAGACAUGGUUCAAAAAGCAACUUCUUCCUGCCACCAGUGGAGAGCGGCGACUCUCCAAGGCAUCCACCGCCAUCUCAGCAUCGCCAUCCUAUGCACUAUCCUCGAGGAAGUCCGCAUCCAAGGCCAAGGGGUAUGAACGGAUCUCGAAGUCACACACCGGAUCCCUUGUCUCCGGAAGUUAGCGGGUCACCCGCAGGUGGUCCACAGCGUAAUCAGGGUCAGGGUGGAGCAAGUCCAACGAUGCAGCAGCGUAUAAAGGCAAUUGGAGUACCUACUCCGCUUGCACUUUCCAGCCCAAUUCGCAGAUCGAAUCCAGGUACGCCGACGCAGGUACGUCGGCCGGACUUUAUAGGGGUGACCGAGGCACCGACCUACUACGACGUGCAGCAAGGUAACGGAGGAGGCGGUAUGUCUGGCGUCACUGGCGUCACCGGGUACAGUCCUCAGCGUCGUUUCCUUUCCGAGAGCGAGCUUGUGCGCCAGGGUACAGAGCACCCUUACUCUCGCACUAACAAUACCGUCGACAAUAUACGAGAGCUGGCUGGUUCUCCUCAACGAGGUGUCUACACGUGGAAAGACAACUCGCCCGGCAGCUAUCCCCCACCGUCCGGACCAACCUCGGGUCCUCCGGUACAUCAGUCACCGUCGCAGCGGCCACCGCCACCGUAUGAUUAUUACCGAUCCAACCCCACAAGUCCAACGCAGCAGCCCUACCCGAAUCCUCCAAGAGCAGCUUAUCAUCCUGCAGUACGAGGUGGCGUCCAAGUCUUCCCACCGCAUCAGUCGCCCCAGGUUAAACGGAAAGCCACCAUGGCGACGCCAACCACCCCGACCUCCGGGGACGGUCGACGUAGACCCAUGUCCUUCGUACGGGCACUUGAAAUGACUGACUCCAUGGAAAUGGUCUCCGCACCAGGCGACCCGAGGUCUCAGAGGCCUACCACACCUACCCCAGAUCGUGCUAGUGUCUACGAUAUGAACUAUGAGAUAUCCGUAUAGCCCACCUUUUUCAUCUCCGGUCCAUCCUCUGUGUGGACGGAGAUCGAUGGAGAACCACCGAGCAGCAUCUUCCUCCCCGUUGGCGGUCAUCGACAGGGUGAAAGGACACGGUAUGCGGGCUGCGAGAUAUCCGUUUAAACGAUCGUCGCCCCGUUUCUCUUAUCUGAGAAAAUCAACGACAUAUCGAGUCAUAACGAUGCACUGGCCCGACGAUUCAAGAUGGAUUCGCUCCACGUUUUCCUUUAACCAGUAAUACCUGUCUGUGUUCCUCUUCCCGUAGACGAUGUCAUUCCCUGGAAGUGAACGAGACUCAAUUUUGGCAGGUCAACAAAUAAUGAAGUAGCACCGUAGAAAGACUUGCAGAAUCCUAAUGUCAAAAUCUGGUCGUCGUCACACUCUUCGCUAUUCAUCAGUCAAUCGUGCCACUGGAUCCUGGUGUUUAGCCCCCGUUUCCUCUGUGUAUCUCCAUUGCCGUGAUUUGAGGAACAGCUGUUAUGGCGCGGCAAGAUAUCAUUUAGCAAUAUUUUCUUCGUGUAAAAAAGCUAAAGGAAAAACGAGACGGACAGAGAGAGAGAGAGAGAGAGAGACAUGAGAAAGGAGGAGUAAGAAAGAAUCGCGCGCGCGAUAGAUCUAAUCCGCAAAGACUCAGCAUUUAAUGUAAAGAAUUAAAUUUUUGCCCCACCAAGAUUAUCGUUUCUCGAGCUCUCAGGAAUUCAA